AAUCCUAAUCAUGUAACUAAAUGGAAUAAUACAUUAAUCAUACUCACCAAAUUGUCACUUCCCAUCAAACCACUACCAAAGUAACUAGACUCAUUUUACUAAACCCAGCUCAAUAAAUAUCACACAAGUUAAUUAUAAUGAUCAUAUAUAUAUAUAUAUAUUUAAAGAGCUUCGUAAAUACAUAUAUACUUACAUAAAUGUCCUUUCAACCAUUCAAAUGUAAUGCAUUAUCUCUCUCUCUCUCUUUUCUUUUGUUAUAUAUAAAUAAACCCCAAAGAGAGGCACCCUACGCUUUCGUCUCACGCCACGGUCAAUUAUCAAAAGCACAGAGAGAGAGAGAGAGAAAGUGAGAGUGAGAGAGAGUUCUGGUUAUUAGUUCUCUUUAUUCUUAUCUUUCUUAAUUCUCUCCUUUUUCAUUAGUAUUUAGAUUCACAAAAAAUACGAGUAUAUACUACUUUAAUUCAUCAUCUGUAUAGAGAUCUCUCAGAAUCUCCAAAUUCUCUUUCUGAAAAAAUUAUGUCGUCGAAGGACUGCGGCCACCACGGGAAGAAACGGGAAAAGCUUAUCCGGCGAAUCUGCGCCGGUUUCCUGAUCUUCCUCUUCAUCGUAUUGGUGUUGGUUCUGUUAAUUUGGGCUAUUCUUCAACCUUCAAAACCCAGAUUUAUUCUCCAAGACGUAACCGUUUACGCCUUCAACACCACCGUCCCCAAUUUCUUAACUUCCAAUUUUCAGGUAACUAUUUCCUCUCGAAACCCAAACGAUAAGAUCGGUGUCUACUACGACAGACUCGACGUUUACGGAGUCUAUCAUAACCAACAAAUUACUUACCGUACUCGAAUACCGCCCACCUACCAAGGUCACAAAGACGUUAACGUUUGGUCACCGUUUGUUUACGGUAACCUUGUUCCUGUUGCGCCGUUUAAUUCCAUGGCGUUGACUCAAGACCAAGCUAACGGCGCCGUUAUGAUCAUGUUCAAGGCUGACGGAAGGGUGCGUUGGAAAGUGGGCACGUUUAUCUCUGGCCGUUAUCAUUUCUACGUCAAGUGUUUGGCGUUUAUCAAUUUGGGAAAUAAGAAUUCAGGAAUUAUUGUGGGUGAAAACGCCGUUAAGUAUCAGAUUGUCCAGAGAUGCAGCGUCAACGUAUGAGAGAUCACGCCGUUACUCAUGUCUAUUAAGCACCGUUAGUGUUUUUUUUUUUUAAAUUUCUGUGUUAAUUAAUUAGUUUCAUCUGUUUGAAUAUUGGACCGUAUAUGAUACACGUAUAAGUCCUUGAAUUGUACAUUUUGCUAUAGAAUAAAAAAUAUCUGAGUAUGAGAGAUGAUAAAAACAGGUAUAGCAAAAUUGCAAUAUUAUAUGUGAACCGGAAAUUGUAGAAUAAAUUAUAUAUAUUAUAAAAGAAAUUUGCAAUUAUCAUUA